UAGUUUUGCUGAAUGUCAGAAUACGCCAUCGUACUCAGAAUUUAGAGCGGACGUUAACGUAUAUAUAUUCGCAAUUUUAUAUUUAUGUGAUGCUUCCGGAUGGUUGUCAAAUUUAAACCGGCUAAUGCCGGCGCAUAUAUAUAUAAUGAAUUAUGCUUAAAUUUGUGUUGAUAUCAAAAAAAUCUCAUUUAUCUAUUGUGUAUUUACAUUCAUACACAUAUUGACUUAUGUAUCUAAAUAUUUUGAUUUCCAGUGUCACUGAUGUGCUCUGCAGUGUAAUAAGCUCAAAAAGUGUUUUGAUUACCGGACUUUAAAAAUAUAUGUGGCGUGCUUACAUUAUAAUAAAAUAAUAUCUGGCAACACCGCAUACACUUCCAAUUUGUAAAAUAAGUAACUUUUUGUGUGAGCAGUAAAUAAACUAAUUUUAAAAUAUGUGUAAAAUAAUAAUAAAAACUAAGAAACUUUCUAAAAAAUAAAUAUAAUAAUAUUAACAAUUAAUAAAACCUAAAAGGUAUUAAAAUAGGCAACACCUUUGUAAAUUUGGUGGUUGUUUGUAUAUAAAUUUCCAGUGCUACUGCUUUUCUCUACACCGUUCUUUUGUUUUGAUGAAUCCCGCAAUAUACUCUUAUUUGUUAUAUUGUGUAGUAUAUCCAUAUUGGAAAAUAAAACUGCAAAUAAAAGGGUAAUAGAAAUGAAUUCGGUAUAAAUUAUAACAAAAAUGAAAUAUAAAUUUCUUAAAAUGUAUGUGGAUAUAAAAUAGCUUUUAAACGUAGUAAAAAUUUUAAAAAGAAGCAGUUUGCAAGCAAAAAGUUAAGCAAUAAAUUAUAUUAUGGAAUGGAAUAUAAGAAGGUGGAUAAAUGCACUAGGAGAGAAGAAACCAGACAAAGUGAUAAUUUAAAUUUAUUAAAGGAAGUAAGCAGAAAAUGUAAUAUUUCCAAAACAACAGAUUUAAAAGUUCAAUCACAACAGGAGUAUAGCAACAUCAAAAAUAUUGAAUCAAGAAAUGAACCAAAAAUAGAAGAGUUUAUAAAGUCUAAUAACAACGAACUUAUUUUAUCGAACCUAACACCUAACAGUGAAGUAAUAAAAAAUUCAAAUUUUGAAUAUGAAGAAGAAUGGGACAUUGACGGCAUACCUGAGCUACUUAAUGAAUUAGAUGCAGAUAUAGAAAAAUCAUUAAAAAAUAUCCAAAGCUCUAAAUUUGAUGGUAUACAAAAUGUAAGUAAUAACAAAAAAGACAUAAAGCCAAAACAUCCAAAUAAUUGCAAAAAAGGAAAAUAUGAAGUUGAUUUAAAUUUUCAUGAGGACCCUAAAUCGUUAAAAUGUUCAAAAAACAAAAAUAUUUUUGAAAAAGAUAUUUCGAAAUCUUUAACCAUUACACCCGUAUGCUGUGCGGCAUCGACAUUUGCAGGAUUUUCAAAGGGAGGACAUCUUAUUUCAACCUCUUCUAAUUCAUUUUCACUGUACUCUACAAAAUUGAAUAAUAAUACAGGUCAUCAAUUAAAACAAACACAAUUUUUAGAAGAUAAAAACUGCGAAAUCAGCAUGUCAUCUCAAUCUGGAAACAAUGGUAACACUAGUAGUAAUAUAAGUGGAGCGUCAAUAACUAAUGUAAACAGUAAUCAGGGCACUUCUUGCUCUAGUAACAGUAAUAAGUUAAACAAUAAAAUGUCAAUUGACCAUCAAGCCACACUGGACAAGGGUUUAAAAAUGAAGAUAAAACGUACAAAACCGGGCACAAAAAGCUCAGAAGCUAAACAUGAAAUUGUAAAAGCUACUGAGCAACAGCAAAACGGAUUAUUAGCUAGUGGAACUGGUGUUUGCACUUCAAACCAAGAAGAUAAUACUUGUGUGCUAGCAGUAUCAAACCAAACAACAUCAUCCAAUUCUCAAAAUGUAGCAUCGGCAACUUGUAAUACCCAAGGUAAUUCAAAUCUCAACGGAAAUAAAAAAAAUGGAAGCGGUAACAACCAAAAUAAUUUAUCAACAAAUAAUAAUGGAUCUAUUUCUCUUAACAACCAAGUUUCUACAAACAGUAAUGUUUCCCAAACAACAGUACAAGGAACAAAACGAGGAAGUUCUGGACAUCGUCGAGAUAAAGCAAAGGAAAAAUCCUCACAUUCCAAUCGUAUGGUAAAUGAGAAAAAUUCUUCAGUUGUUUCUGAUAAAGAUGUCGUUGACAGGGUCAUAUGUCAUUGUGGUGGCUCAGAUUGUAAUAUUGCCACAUGUUCUAAUACAUGUAUUCGAAAGACUGAUAAUAAUACACUUACACAACGUUUAUCAACGCAAAAUACUAGCGGUAAUUCUUCUACAGUACCGCCAGGAGUAUUUACACCCUCAGCAGAUACUUUAAGUUCAACAGCAGUUUCGUCUCUUUUAUCUGUCACUACUGCUAUAAGUGCACCCGUAUCUACACAAACGAUAUCAAGUAGUGUCAAUGCCAACGCACCAGGUCCCCCGAACAAAGAGUUGUCUGCUAAUAAUGGUAAUAUUAAAAUUUCUUCGCAUAUUGCUGCACAAUUAGCUGCUGCUGCAGCUUCAAAUAAUUCUUCAAAUGGUUCAUGUAUAUCUGCUUCCACUUUUUCAAAUAUCGAUAUGAAAUCGCCGUCAUCCAAUGUUCAAACCCAAAUAGCAAAGCAUGUAGCACCAGGUCUAAUUUCAGCUACAGUUCAUCACACUGUUUCUGAACCAAUUUCAAAUAAGACUUUAUCUAUUUCAUCUUCAGUUGGAACAGAGAAUUCCAUAACUACUACGACCUCAUUGAACGAAAAUACAGAAUCUCCACCAGCAAAGCGUAUUAAACAUUCUGAUGUUGCAACACCUGCAAUAAAUAAGGAAAUGGUUGAUAUUUGCAUAGGCACGUCUGUUGGUACUAUUACGGAACCAGAUUGCCUUGGGCCCUGUGAACCUGGAACUUCAGUAACAUUAGAAGGAAUAGUGUGGCAUGAAACUGAAGGCGGAGUACUUGUGGUUAAUGUAACUUGGCGUGGCAAAACAUAUGUUGGAACAUUGCUGGAUUGCACUCGUCAUGAUUGGGCUCCACCAAGAUUUUGUGACUCCCCUACUGAAGACUUAGAUGCUCGCAGUUCCAAAGGUCGUGGAAAACGUGGACGCGCAUCAAUUACUCCAGACUUAAGUAAUUUUACAGAAACAAGAAGUUCGAUAUAUUUUUCACAUUCAAACGUUCAUUCCAAACUGAGAAAUGGUUCAGCAAAAGGCGGUCGAGGUACUUCUCGAACAACAAAUAUCUCGUCUGCGGAUAAAACUAAUAGUGGGUCAUCACUUUCAUCUGGAAAUAGUGGUUCCACACCAAGUACUUCACCAACAGCAUUUUUACCACCGCGUGCUGAAAAACGAAAGUCAAAGGAUGAAUCUCCACCACCAACAAGCGGUGACAGUGAUGCCGCAAGCGCUGGCAUGGUAAAUGCAAGUGGUAUUCCUAUUUCAUCAAGCACAGUUAGUGGGUUAACCAAUCAACCACAAAGUUUAAUAAAUCCUGUUACAGGACUGAAUGUUCAAAUAAGCUCAAAAAAGUGUAAAACAUCGUCGCCAUGUGCAAUAUCACCCGUUUUACUUGAAUGCCCGGAACAAGAUUGUAGUAAAAAAUAUAAGCAUGUAAACGGUUUAAGAUAUCACCAAUCACAUGCUCAUGGUAGUGCAAAUAUGGCUGAUGAAGAUUCAAUGGCUGAUACUGAAGAACACGCAACUCCUCAACCAAGUCCUUUAUCGUCAACAUCAACCCCUUCUAUGACACCAAACCCCUCCGAUAUAAUAGCAAAUACUCAGCAGCCAUUAUCUUCUCAAUUAGAAACAGCUGAACUUGCUGUUUCAGAGGAAUCGAAUAUAAAGAAGUUAGAUGAAGAAAACUUAUCUCUUCAAGAGGAAAAUUCCGAAAAUAGAAAUUCUGAAAUAGAAACAUCUUCACCUACUGAUGGUAUAUCUACAUCAAACGAAACUAAUAGUACAAUAACGACUCCAAAUGCUUCAUCAGGUGGCGGAGGCAUUUCUGCUGACACACCUCACCAUGAACAACAAAAACAAUUUCUUGACAUAGUUGGUAAUAACAAGAUAAAUAUGAAUACUCUCAUUUCGCUGGAACCAAAUAACCAUGCAGUUCAACAAAGUGUAACAGGAAAAUCUGGAGUUCUGCGUUUUGGACAAGGGGAUUGUAAAAAUAAUGGUUCCGGGUUGUUUUCUAAUAAUCGUUCUAAUGAAGCUUUGAAUCAAGUAGAAUCAAUUGAGUCUGAAAGUAGUCCUACAGGAUCAUCAGAGAAAUGCAUACCUGGCCAACAAGAUUCAAACAAAGAAACAUGUAGUGAUACUCCAGAAAAAUCAUCACAACUACAUAUAAAUCAGCCGAAUAUUAAAACUGUAUUAGCGAGUUCAGCUACACCAAAGCCCAAAAAAGGCCGAAAAUCUCCAUCGCCUGCUGAUUAUGAUCCCAUUGAAUUAAACACAUGCAAUAUAUCAUCCCGUGACGAUGUACAAAGCCCAGCUUAUAGUGAUAUAUCAGAUGAUUCUACGCCAGUAAACGAUCAAGAUCACAUAGAUAAAGUGUCAAAAAACUCGGACGUGAUUAAAAAAUCUCAAGAUAUAGGAUUAUCAUCAACGUCAUGUAAUUCAAAUCAGAGUAACAUAUCGACAACACUUGGUAACUAUGGAGUAUAUCAAUUUUAUCAGCAACAACAAUUUAUAACGCCACCAACUUCAGAGCAACCUACAAAAAAUACCUUAAACACGAAUAUUGGUCCUGCAAUAAUUCCAUCUUCGGUAACUCAGCAGCAAAAUGUUUCAGAAUUUAACAGCAAAAAAGAACCUCCGUUAGAUCUCAUAUCAAAGGCAAACUCAAAUCAAAUCCAUUCAAAUCAGCACUGCCAGGAAGUUAAUAAAGAUUCUACGCGCCCAAUUUGUAUAGCAACCAGUCAAAGCAAUAAUGAAUUAUCAAACGUACCAUCAGUUGGAUCUAGUGCUCUUAAUUCAACAUGUCCUUCAAAAUCUGUUUCUCAUUUUUAUGCAUUUAACUAUAUGCCGUCUAACUAUCCCUACAAUGUUGAUCCCAAUUAUGGAUCUGCUUCGAUUACGACAUCAGAGGAUAAUAAACAAAGUAAAUUUGCAGGCAUUCCAAGCCCUAAUGACCAGUCACAGCAGCAGACUCCUGUUUCGUACAAAGAAGAUCGUCCAAAAGAAGAUAUUGGUGUCACGGACAACGUAAAAUCGUCGAAUCCUCAGAUUUCAUCAAAACAAUCUAUAAAAACCGAUUCAAUUGUAAAAUCUGAGUGCAUUAAACCCGAAACAUGUAUGCCGUUAUCGCAAAUUCCUCAACAAUUGCAGAUUCAGAGCAAAGAUCACCAAGGAAUAGGUGUUUACACAAAUAUGUAUCAACGCCACCCAUUGACAUUAGCAUCACAGCAACUUUCACGUGAAGAAGAACUCCGAAGAUACUACAUAUUUUCCGAUCAGCAACGUCGCCAAAACAGUUCUUCCCAAAGUGCUGUUAAUCAGCAGGUACAAAAUCCUCCUCCUCAAUCUGUAAAUCCGCAAAGUAAAGAUGAUACAACAUCUUCACAACAACAGCAUAAUACAGCACAGAAUCAACAACAGAUAAAAAUUAAGUCAAGUACAUCUCUUAAUGUAAGUAAGUCUGCAAAUUCUGUAAAUACUUCUAAAGAAUCACCAAAGCAUAAACAAGAAGAAGAAUUGAAAGUUAUAAAACAAGAAGGUCAAAAACCAACAAUGGAAACUCAAGGUCCUCCUCCUCCACCAACAUCGCAAUAUUUUUUACAUCCAUCUUAUAUAACUUCAACUCCUUUCGGAUUUGAUCCAAGUCAUCCUAUGUACAGAAAUGUUCUGAUGCCAACAUCGUCACCAUACAAUACACCACCAUAUCACUUACCAAUGCCUCGAUAUCAUGCUCCAGAAGAUCUUUCAAGAAAUACUGGAACAAAAGCGCUAGACGCACUUCAUCAUGCGGCAAGUCAGUACUACACUACUCACAAAAUUCACGAACUUAGCGAAAGAGCUUUAAAAUCACCGAAUAACUCUAAUUCGGGUAAUGUGUCUGGUACAAUUAAAAUAAGCGGCUCUAGUCCGAAUAUUGGCACUUCUCAACAUUCAAAUAUAAGUUCAAAUGUUAUUGGUCACCACUCUGUACAAAAUCAGUCUACUAAUGUCACACAGCUGCCGCACAAUUUAGCGUCACAAAAUAUUGGAAUUUCUAACAAGCAAGAUGUAACAGGCCAAAAAUCACACGGAAAUGGCCCGAAUAUAACAGGAACCCCUCUUAAUGACCCCCAAAAAACACAAACAGGAGUUAACUCCUCUGCGGCCCCUAGUUGCGGAAGUGGAAACGGAAGUGGUAGCAACGUCAGUAGUGGUAGUACAUCAGAUUCACGAAGUCCUCCACCUCAAAGACACGUACACACACAUCACCAUACACAUGUUGGUCUAGGCUAUCCCAUGUAUCCUGCGCCGUACGGAGCUGCUGUUCUCGCCAGUCAACAAGCGGCUGCUGUAGCUGUGAUAAAUCCUUUUCCACCUGGACCAAAUAAAUAAGGAUUAAAAACCCUAGUUAAUUUAAUGGCGUUUAAAGU